CCGUUGGCGCUGGCGGACCGUCUUCCCUGCCCGCUCGCCCAGGGCCGGCCCAUUCAUUCAUUCUUCCGUUGGCACCGAGCCGCCCUCAGUUGGCCCAAGUCGGGCGGAGGGCUACUCCUUGGCGAGCGACUCCCUCCCGGGCAAACCGCCGUCGGGCCCCCUCAGCCCCGGGGGAUCCCCAGCGGGCUGCCGCCCGCUCCACCUGUCCCCGCCCCAGUGCUCGCCGCAGGCAGUGGCAGCGUCGCCUCCCUAGCUGGGACUUGAGCAUAUGCUGCUGCUCACGCCUGUGCACAUGACUCGGUAGCCUGCUCUUUGCGUCCCAGUCGCGCCUUGUGGAAGUCUCUUUGGGGACUCAGAUGGAAGAGCCAAUGGCGUUUUCUCCCCUGCGUGGCUGUGACAGGUGCCCGGCUGAUGACUCUUUAAAAAAAUAUGAGCAGAGUGUUAAACAUUCAGGUGUUAAAAGAGAUAUCGAGGAGCUUUGUGAAGCUGUGCCACAGCUUGUCAGUGUGUUUAAAAUUAAGGACAAAAUUGGAGAAGGCACCUUCAGCUCUGUUUAUUUGGCCACAGCACAACUGCAAGAAGGACAUGAAGAGAAAAUUGCGCUGAAACACCUAAUUCCCACAAGUCAUCCUGUGAGGAUCGCAGCAGAGCUUCAGUGUCUGACAGUUGCAGGGGGGCAAGACAACGUCAUGGGAGUUAAAUACUGCUUCAGAAAAAACGACCAUGUGGUUAUCGCUAUGCCGUAUCUGGAACAUGAGUCUUUUUUGGACAUUUUGAAUUCUCUUUCCUUCCAAGAAGUUCGGGAAUAUAUGUUUAAUCUUUUCAUAGCUUUGAAACGGAUUCAUCAGUUUGGUAUUGUUCACCGUGAUGUGAAGCCCAGCAAUUUUUUAUACAAUAGACGCCUGAAAAAGUAUGCCUUGGUGGACUUCGGUUUGGCCCAAGGAACCCGUGACACAAAAAUAGAGCUGCUCAAGUUUGUCCAGUCUGAGGCUCAGCAGGAAGACUGUUCACGAAACAAGAAUCAUGGAGUCAUCGGCCCCAGAGGCCCACUGAGUCGCCCGGCUCCUAAGAGUGUGGAUCAGCAGUGUGCCACAAAAGCUUGUGUCAAAAGGUCCUACGCAAGCACACAAACUCAAAUUAAGCAAGGAAAAGACGGAAAGGAGGGAUCUGUAGGCCUUUCUGUCCAGCGCUCUGUUUUUGGAGAAAGAAAUUUCAAUAUACACAGCUCCAUUUCACAUGACAGCCCUGCAGAGAAACUCAUCAAGCAAUCAAAGACUGUGGACAUAAUAUCAAGAAAGCUAGCAACAAAAAAGACGUCCAUUUCUACAAAAGCUAUGACUAGCGUGAUGAGAGAAACUGCCAGGUCCUGCCCGGCUGCCCUCACCUGCGACUGCUAUGGGACAGAUAGAGUCUGCAGCAUUUGCCUGUCGAGGCGGCAGCAGGUUGCUCCUAGGGCAGGCACACCAGGAUUCAGAGCGCCAGAGGUCCUAACCAAGCGUCCUGAUCAGACGACAGCGAUCGACAUGUGGUCUGCAGGUGUCAUAUUCCUUUCCUUGCUCAGUGGGCGGUACCCGUUUUACAAGGCCAGUGAUGACUUAACUGCUUUGGCUCAAAUUAUGACAAUCCGAGGAUCCAGGGAAACCAUCCAGGCUGCUAAAGCUUUUGGCAAAUCAAUUUUGUGUAGUAAAGAAGUCCCAGCACAAGAUUUGAGGGCACUCUGUGAGAGACUACGGGGUCUAGACUCUGCCACCCCCAGGUCAGCCACUGGUCCUUCGGGGACUACUUCCCAUGGCCCUGCUGCUUCAGAGAACACUGACCAUAAGGCGCCCCAUGUGCAGGCCUCUCAAGCUCAGUACUCAGAGGAUUCCUUGUCUAAAAGGGACAGCGAUGGCUGCUGGAGUCAUCGCAGAGACUGUCCUGCCAACUGCGAAGGCUGGGACUCAGUACCUGAUGAAGCCUAUGACCUGCUUGAUAAACUUCUGGAUCUGAACCCAGCCUCGAGGAUAACAGCAGAAGCAGCCUUGCUGCACCCCUUCUUCAAAGACCUGUGCUCCUGAUAUGGCUCCACUGCCAUUGCUGCUGUGUGUCGCGAGGUGUGGAUAGUCACAGGUUGUUUGUGUCCAAGUCCAGGACAGAAUGAAUAACUCAUUUUAAAAUUAUAAUAUUUGCUCUGAUGUCAGACAGUAAACAGAUUAAGACUUCUUAAGGUCCCAGGGAGUCCUUAACAAGAUCUUUGAGUUAAACCACCAAGUAGACUCGGGUGCUUAGAGUCCCUGUUCUCUGCCUCAGGAGCAGCCUUACUUAGCCUGAUGCGUGGGUUCUAGGCACAGGUCAUAAACCUAGCAGAUAGGGCAGGGAGGACACUGUUUCCACAGCAGUGUGUGGUCUACACUGUGCAUGGGGGAGCAGUGGGGAAGGCUGACCUUUGCUGUAUGCCUGCAGAUGAACAAGUAAUUAUCGCAGAGAUGUUUGUCACUGGGCAAAAUGUCUGUCACCACCUAACAUAGUCAUUGUAAGUUACACAGUGCUUACUGCAGAGUUUCUGGUGCUUCCCUAAGUGUUACAUGUAUUUAUAUUUGGAGUUGAAUAAUGUGUAUAUUGUUGCUAGACAGAAUGCUUCUUUCUCUCAUAGUUUUUUUUUUUUGUCACACCACCUUUGUUUGUUUAAUUAGGUAAUGGCCACAAGGAAAAGUGAGCAUAGAACUGGAACAAACACUACUGGCGAUUUUUUUUUUUUUUUUUUUUUUUGGUUUGCCAGGAGCAUCCAUAUUUCUGCAUUUCUGUUCUGAGUUAUCUUGGUCAGGAGGAAUGGGUCUUAGGUCAUUGAGAAAAAAGAUACGAAGGGGACAAAGUGGAAAAAGGCGUGAUACGGCAAUUUGUGCAUUAUUUAUGUUCUAAACUUCUCUGUCCUGCCCGUGAUAGCGUGCAGGCUUCCCGGGAGCUGGGGAUAGACUUGCUGAGGAGUUCCUGCUUGUGCCGUCACAGACUACAGGGAGCUGUUUACUUCACUGUUGUGAACUUGUGAACAUGGAUAGAUCAAUGUGUCUCAUUGAUCAACUUGAUGUGUGUAUAUAAUGUAUAUUUGUGUGUGUACACACUUUGUCUUAUGCUGCAAUUUUUAAAAACUUGAAUGUUUUGGGGAUAUGUAUUUAAUAAUAAACUUUUAGAUUCUUA